GAAGUUGAAAAGAAUUGAGGUUUAACUGUGUUUGAAACUGGUCAGAAGAAAACAGAAAAGAGGAAAAGGUUCAAAGAAGAGGAUGCAUCUAACAUCGAUGGUUUCUUGGGACCAUGGGCAAAACAUGUGGAUGAAAAAGAUGUAGCCAAACCUUCAGAAGAAGAAUGAAAGGAGUUGGAUGAAAUCACAGCAAAGAGGCAGAGAAAAGGCAAACGGGAAGAGGAGAGACCUGGGGAGGAGAAGACAAUCUUUCAUGGUAAAGAAAUGUAUGACUAUCAAGGCGGGUCCUACCUGUGCAUACCUUGGGACGUUGGUGUUAAUCUUCGAUCAUCUGUGUCACCUGAAAAAUGUUAUCUUCCCCAAAAACAAAUUCAUGCGUGGUCUGGACACACACAGGGUGUCAAUGCGGUCAGGCUGUUUCCUCUUUCUGGACAUUUGAUGCUGUCUUGUUCCAGGGACUGUAAAAUUAAGCUAUGGGAAGUUUAUGGAGACCAGCACUGUCUGAGAACAUUUACUGGUCACAGUCAAGCCGUGAGGGACAUCUGCUUCAACACUGCAGGAACACAGUUCCUCAGUGCGGCCUAUGACAGGUACUUGAAACUCUGGGACACGGACACGGGACAGUGUAUAUUAGGAUUUACAAACGGAAAAGUACCCUAUUGUGUCAAGUUCAAUCCCAAAGAAGACAAGCAAAAUCUCUUUGUGGCUGGGAUGUCUGCACAAAAGAUCGUGCAGUGGGACAUCCUCAGUGGAGAGAUUGUUCAGGAAUAUGAUCAGCAUUUGGGAGCCGUUGACACCAUUGUUUUUGUGGAUGAGAAUCACAGAUUUGUGAGUACAUCUGAUGAUAAGAGUCUAAGAGUUUGGGAAUGGAAUAUCCCUGUGGAUUUCAAGUGCAUGGCAGAGCCCAGUAGGCACUCAAUGCCCGCAGUGACUUUGUCUCCAAAUGGGAAAUGGCUAGCAGGCCAGUCAAUGGAUAACCAAAUCUUCAUUUUUGGAGCACAGAACAGAUUCAGAUUAAAUAGAAAGAAAAAAUGUAAGGGCCAUAUGGUAGCAGGCUACGCUUGUCAGACAGACUUCUCACCAGACAUGAGCUAUGUGAUUUCAGGAGACGGAAAUGGAAACUUAAACAUUUGGGACUGGAAGACCACCAAACUCUAUGGUAGGUUUAAAGCCCAUGACGAAGUGUGCAUAGGUGUGGUGUGGCACCCACAUGAAGCGUCCACGGUCAUCACAUGUGGUUGGGAUGGCCUCAUUAAAUUGUGGGAUGCAUGGAAUUAG